AGCUGCGCAUACGCAUGCUUGCCUAUUCGACCGCUCGCGAGUCGUGACCGGCUUCCGAGCUUCGUAAAAACUUACGAUCACUUUUUUACAUAAAUGAUCUCAGCUAAAUAAAUGCAAAUAAAAGACUGAAAGUGAUUAAUUAAAAUAACCGACUGUCAAUUAAAAUAUUCGACGACAUAAUGGUUUUUUCCGUGAAAUUGUUAGUCGCCGGAUUUAUAUUGCAAAUUACGUUUGUGUCACCGAUCGCUGAAGUCGAGGCAGAUGAUGAGGUGUUACACCUAAUAGGAGAGCCGGAUUUCCGCGAUGUACGCCUUCGAUGGGAGUACGGCAAAACAGAAGAAUCUGAUCCCAGGAAGCUGUUGGCCUUUCAAAUACACUACUGCGAGUUGCAAGCCUGGGGCCAAUACCGAUGUAGAACAAAGGUAGUCGACAACAUCGAAGAAGAGAGGUCUGCCAAAAUGGGUGGGAUAAAUGUGGAAACAACUACAGCCAAAGCGUCCGUUCCGACUCCUAGGCGUGGUCGCACCUACACAUCGUAUAUCACUGGUUUACGUAUGGCCACAACGUACUCCUUCGAAGUGCGACCGGUGAGGCGGGAUGCUAGAGACCUGGCAGACCCGCAUUCCAUUGGCUCGAAAAUUAUCAUAGUACCCACAAAAGGAUUUUCUGCGCGAGCUACCCAGUGCUUGCCUCAUGCAAGCGAAGUUGAAGUAUCGACUGGCCCAUAUUUCGGUGGUCGGAUUGCUGUCGAGGCCGUAGAUGGGGGUCCAGAAAGAUGUUCAAUCCAAGGAAACCCGAACAGUGCCCAGGACGCAUAUAUCCUGAGAAUACACCACGACGAAUGCGGUUCAGAGGUCAAUGACACUACUGUAGCCACUUACGUGAUCGUACAAGAGAACUUGCCAAUACUGACACACAGCACACGCCGGUUUUUAGUCCUUUGCACAUACAAACCAGAAACACUAACAGUCCGAGCUGGAAUUAAUCUGCCGAAAGCUAAUCCUGGCGAUGUUUUAGUGGAGACCAAGCCCCAUGGGAUCGUGGAACCGUAUGACGAUCAAGAGAUAAAUGAUAAUAGUCUGCAACCAGCUCGACUUGAGGCUAGGAAGGAUGAAGCUCAACCAAGUAUGUUUGGAGAGAUAACCCUCGUUAUGUUCCUAGUUGUUGCUGCAUUUGGAGGUGUUGCUUUGCUUAUCUGGAAGAUGGUACCGCAAGCUAGUAGAAGCGUGGACAACAUUUCCACAUCAACAGUUUCGUCACUUUCACGCAGCGGGAUUUUCAAUAGGAGGAACAUAGACAGAUUUUCCGACAAAAGUUCGGUUUACUCUGUAACACUCUCGGAAAAAGAUGAGCCUGUAAAGAAACCCAGUGAAGUAGAUAAUUCUUCCGAGGCCUAAGAUCUUAAGACUGGGUUUAAUUUUUGACAAACCGCUUUUACUUUAAUUUACUAAUGGAUUUUACCACGGAUUUAUAAUGGGCGUAGUUUAAUAGAAAGGGCUCAACCCUCAACCAGAGUUAGUUUAGAUUGAUGCCGCGUGGUGACGGCUGAUAAGAAUAUACUUACCCUACACCCUUCCUAUUAAGUGAUUAAGCGAGUAUAACGAAGAGUGUGCAGCAGCGUCCUCUGAGCUACUACUACCAUAUACUGCGAUCACCAAAUCGUCUGUCCAGAUUGGUGAUUAUGGGCAAACUCCUUGGGAGAGGCCUUAGUCAUUGAUACCUCAUGCCUACUAAAAAUGCCCCAAGGAGCAAAGUCUAAUCGUUCAGCAAAAAAGAUUCAAGAAUAAAGUAAACAAACCAAGUUUUUUAUUACUGGUUACAAAACCACAAAUUAGCUAGGUAUUUUUUUUAUGUAAAACCAAAAGUUAACUUUGAGCAGAUUGAGUCCUUUCUGCUAAAUAACAUCAACUUAUUGAGAUUCCACGUAUGAGAAAUGCGUGAUCAGAAUGGACAAGAUUAGUAGAGUAUUGAAACUGUAAAUAUAAUUUUAUCGUAAGUUAAUAAAACUAUUAGAAAUACAUGCGUUAAGUUACUUAAGAAUUAAGAUUAAAACAACUUUUAGAUAUAAUAUGCAGAUGUAUCUGUUUACAUCUGGCCAGUAUUAUUAAUUCACUACGCCACUAUUGCCAUAAGGUAUCUCACUAUUCACCAAUAAUAAUUAUAGUUUUAUAUUUCGGGUAUUGGGCUGGCCGCAUCGCAACGCACAUUUCAGGAAGUAAUCGCUCAGAAGAUCAAUCUGCAAGAAAAAAAAUCUGAAGCCUUAAAAUUAAUUUGUUUACUAAAAUCCGAAAGUAGGCGUACCCAGGCGGGGGUAGGGGAGGGCAGCUGUCCCCUGGAAAUCUCGCAGAAAAUGUAUGAACUCUCUUACGUAAAGAUACAGACUGACAGAAAGAUAUAGAAAGCCCUCUAACAGUAUGUGUAUUAACCAAUUCAAUUCACAUUUUAAACCAUGCAAGAUCCGUGUACAUUCCGAGCCCGUGCUACGGUCAUGCCAAGGCUGUUGAACAGUGCCGCCGGGUGAACACGGGUUUGCUUUGCGUAUUGUAAAUUAUUCGUUUCACUACGCCACUACGACAACUUCACUUACCUACUCCACAACCCGGUUUACAUUCGGUGUAUUAUGAUCAUGCAGAUCGGUCGGGCCCGCCCCGGACGUCUCUGUCUAACAUUAGAAAUGAUGUAUGCUAAGCAGUGGAGGGCGUGAGCCGUGCCACGUACGAGUCCGGGACAAGACACGGAUCUAAACUUAUAAUGAGGCGUUACUUUUAUUGUACGUUUUAAGUACGGACGCUUCACGAGAAGCAUAAACGGCUUUAUAUUAAUGUUCGUGAACUUUUGGAUCCUUGCCUCAUUUGGGUCUCGUGCGCAACAUGUCUCAAGCCGUCCACGAUCUCACAUAAAUCUGAUGAUUGAAUCUGAACUUUGUCACUGAACUGUGAAACUAAUUUAAAAAUCGAACGAUUAACGACUGACUGGAAUGGGCUUUGCUUUCGAUUUUUUUUUGUUAUUGAAUGCGUUGCAGUGUGGCUCGCUGGUGUUUGUGUUGUUUGCUUUACUGACUAAUAUAAAUAAAAUGCCUUAAUUGAUUU